UAGGGCACAGUCCUGUCUCCAAUGGGGGACGGGGUCGCGGCCGCCGCGGCGCACCUCCCCGAGCAGGAGAUGCCCGUGCACCUUGUCACGCUGCCGCUGCAGUUGCCCCGCUGCUUUGUGGAGCCCAAUGCCGCCCACGCCCUCGCCAUUGGCCUCGACUGCGAGGGCGUCGACCUCGCCCGUCAUGGCCGCCUGUGCAUUAUGCAGCUCGCGUUCCAGGAUGCGAUCUACCUGGUGGAUGCAGUCCAAGGUGGGGACGCGCUAAUGCAAGCCUGCAAGGCUGCUCUCGAAUCUCCACACGUUACCAAAGUCGUGCACGACUGCAAGCGCGACAGUGAGGCAUUGUACUUCCAGCAUGGAAUCAAGCUCAACAACGUCUUCGACACUCAAAUCGCACACUCGCUGAUUGAGCUGCAGCAAGGAAGGCAGUGGAUCCCAGACGACUGCAUCUCAUUUGUGGACCUGCUGGCAGAUGCCAAGUAUUGCGGUGUUGCAUAUGACGAGAAAGAUGAGGUGCGGAGCUUGUUGAGAAAGGAUCCUGAGUUUUGGACGCACAGGCCGCUAACGAACAUGAUGAAGCGUGCUGCCGCGGAUGACGUUCGUUUUCUCCUUCGGAUCCACCGGAACAUGGUGCAGAGGCUAGACGCCUUCUCUGCGUGGGAGCUGUCCAUCAGGAGCUCGCUCUUUUGCCGGUGCUUCUGUGGCGAGGAUGACGGGUUUGCCAACUGGCCUGCUCUUCCUGCUAUACCAGAGGAGCUUGCCGCUCGCCAUGAGGAUCCGGAGGAGGUGCUAGCAGUCGUAGAUGUUCCAAAAGGUCGAAUGGGGCGCAUCAUCGGUAGGAAAGGAGCGUCCAUUGUUGCCAUCAAGGAAUCAUGCAGGGCCAAUAUUUUCAUAGGUGGCACCAAAGGUCCUCCCGACAAGGUUUUUGUGAUUGGGCCCCUGAAAGAAGUCCGAAAAGCGGAAGCGAUUCUCAGAGGCAAAGUUGUGUAGCUCCCGAGCGCAAUAAGGUUGUACACAACCAGAAGCUCGUACAAGGUACGCACGCUUAGUGAAUAAGGACGCUGGUGCUUGUUUUACGACUAUGCUGCGAUCCCUUCGGCGCCAAAUGACAAACUGAAACAAGUAUAUUCGUGUGUCGACUCGCUCUCGCCACAGUAAUAAAUACGAGAUGCGCGGCCAAGACAGGAAAGGGGCCUCGCGACGGCAAGGUCAGCUGCUUCCUCAAAAAAUUGGGAGGGUUACAUGUGGCGUGGAGUAAAUAACUGUUAAACAAAAUUAAAAAUUAUAAAAUCCAUUCAUA